AGGAUCCGCGGACGUUGCUGGGAGUGACGCAGGCGACCGCCACUCUCAUAGAGAGCAUAGACACUGUGCUAGGUUAUUUAUUCCGUUGUGAGGGUAAGUACAUGGACGACUUCACGCCCGCCCUCGUCCGCACUGUGACAGGACCUGACUCCUUCUCCUGGAGACAGUCGCAGUUCAAUAAGUCGAUAGAGAAGGAGACACUAUCACUACGCUUGUUGUGUAUGAACCCGGCGGUGGUGUUUGAAAGUCUGAAGGUAUCUCGCUGCAUCAUCCUCGCGUCCGGCACCCUCACUCCUCUCAUCAGCUUGCACUCAGAGCUGGGCACUGACUUCCCUCUGCAGGUCAGCCCCAACCACGUCAUACCACCGGACAGGGUGUGGAUAGGGUCACUGUCGACAUGUCCGGGCGGGGUGAGGUUGGAGUGCAGUGCGCGGGGCGCGGGGGAGGCGCGUGUGCAGGACGGUGUGGGCGCGGCGCUGCGCUCUGUGUGUCGCGUCACGCCGCACGGAGUACUCUGCUUCCUGCCCUCCUAUACACUUAUGAAUAAACUUGUUAACCGGUGGAAGGAGACAGGGCUGUGGGAUGAGCUGAAUGAACUGAAGCACGUGUUGAUGGAGGCGAGGAACGCCAGGGACCACAGUGAGGUCAUGGAGGAGUACUACAGCAGCGUGUGCGGGGUGCGAGGCGCCCUGCUGCUAGCCGUGUACCGCGGCAAGGUCUCCGAGGGCAUGGACUUCCGCGACCACCAGGCGCGCGCCGUCGUCACUGUGGGAGUUCCAUACCCGAACACAUACGAUAUGGCGGUGAAGGAAAAGAUGAAGUACAACGACCGAUACAGCGCACAGCGACAUCUGUUGUCCAGCAGCGAAUGGCUGCUCGUGCAGGCAUACCGGGCGUUGAACCAGGCGGUGGGUCGCUGCGUGCGUCACCGCGCAGACUGGGGCGGCGUGCUGCUGAUAGACGCGCGCUUCUCCAGCCCGCACUACACGCAGCAUCUCUCCAAGUGGGUGCGGAACUUUUUGGGUAACAACCACCACACAUUCGAGAGUCUAGAGAACAGUUCCAACAGCCUGGAAUCCUUCAUGCAGACAAUGACCCUCAGGGACAGUGAGGAUGUCUAAAUAUGCAUUUCCAUUGC